ACAUCAGUUGGGAAGGAAGGAAGGGUUUGUAAUCAAAUCCACAAUUAAUUAAUAAAUUUCGAUGGGAUCGUCCAAGGUCUCCCGGAAAGAGAAAGUAGUUCGCUCCCGCAAAGAGGAAAAGGAAAAGGUGGAAGGAGAAGUGGGAGGGAAAUACAGAGAUAGAGCAAAGGAGAGAAGAGAAGAUCAGAACCCUGACUACGAACCCCAGCCUUCUUCUUCUGAAUUCCCUGCUGCUGCUGCCGCUGCUUCUUCUUUUCAUGCUGUUGCUCCUCCCGGAAAUAUUGACCUCUUAUCAGCUGAAGCCCAUAGGAUCUCCAUUGAGAAGAGCAAGUACCUUGGAGGUGAUGUUGAACACACUCAUUUGGUCAAGGGGUUGGACUAUGCUUUAUUGAACAAAGUGAGAAGUGAGAUAGACAAGAAACCAGAUGUUGAACAUACUCCUGCUACUACUGAUGCCAAGUCUAGAGGAUCCAAUGAAGACCAUCCCGUCUCAUUUCGCACACGAAAUGCUAAGGCCGUGUAUCAAUGGAUAGUGAAGCCUCAAACUGCUCUCAAGCCAAAUGAUAUGUUCCUUCCUGGACGAAUGGCUUUCAUUUUUGACAUGGAGGGCGGGUUUUCUCAUGAUAUUCCAACCACUGUUCACAGAAGCAGAGCUGACUGCCCAGAGCCUGAGGAAAUGGUUACUGUCAGUGUUGAUGGCUCUGUGCUUGAUCGGAUUGGUAAAAUUAUGUCUUACCUUCGCCUUGGAUCAUCUGGGAAGAUUUUAAAGAAGAAAAAGAAAGACAAGGAUGGAAAAGGUAAACACUCGGCUGUCUCCGGUGAUUAUAAUGUUGAGAAAAUUUUAAAACCUGAUGCUUCAAAAAACCAUACCGAGAGAGAAUUUCUUCCACCACCUCCACCGCUUUCUAAAAAAAAUAAUACUGACAUGAAAGAGAACAUGGGGCCAGCAGUUGCUCGUGUUGAGGAAGAUGAUAUUUUUGUUGGAGAAGGAACUGACUAUGCUAUCCCUAGCAAAGAUAUGAGCCAGAGCCCUCCUUCGGAAGACAUGGAAGAAUCUCCAAGGAGAAAGGAUAGAGCUUCCUAUUUUGACGAACCUGCUUAUGGUCCUGUUCCACCCUCGGAGCCAUCUCAUGACUGGCAGCAAACUGAUGGAUAUGCUGCUAUGCAAGUGCAAGCCCUGGCUGCUGGUUAUCAAGGCGAGUGGCAGGGAUAUCAAUAUGAGGAACAACUGUCUUAUCCUGAACAGUACCUGCAGCAAGACCCUCAAAUAUAUGAGAUGCAAGCAGGUUCCAACAUAGAAGCAGACCCACAAUUGAUGUCACAAGAAGAGAAAGAUCGGGGUCUGGGCUCAGUAUUCAAGAGGGAUGAUGUGAGGCUUCAACAAUUACGUGAGAGAGAUGCCCGGGAGAAAGAUCCAAACUUUAUAUCGGAGAGUUAUUCAGAAUGUUAUCCAGGCUACCAAGAAUAUAAUCGAGAAGUUGUGGGUAGUGAUGAUGAAGAUGAUUUAUCGAAAAUGGAUAUGGGUGGGCGAGCAAAGGGCCGGCUUCACAGGUGGGACUUUGAGACAGAAGAGGAGUGGGCAACGUACAACGAACAAAAGGAAGCAAUGCCGAAAGCUGCGUAUCAGUUUGGGGUGAAGAUGCAAGAUGGCCGCAAGACAAGAAAACAGAAUAAAGACCAAAAGAUUACGAACGAGCUGCACAAGAUUAACAAGAUACUGGCCAAAAAGAAGAUGCAAAAAGGUGAAGCAAACGAUGACAGUGGUGAUGAAUCUCACCCUGGAAAGAAGCUCAGGGUGUAAGGCUUUUGAUCUUUACACUGCUUUUCUCUAGGCAUUAGAACUGAUUCUAUAUAUGCUGCUACUUAUCUCCAUGUUAGUGGUUUCGAAAUGAUAACAUAUUGACUUUGGCUACAUUAUUUACUCCCUCCAUUCCAAUU